AUGAAGGAUCUCGGCCUAAAAAUCCCAACACGCAAUGUUUUAACCGGCGCGGUUGUAAACUGGGAAGAUGACGAGAUGGCUGGACUCGGCGACACCCCGGAGAACCUCACGCUGGCCUGGAAAGAUCUAUCAGUGUACCGGAAGAAGAAGCACCAGACUAGUAUAUGGAGGUCACCUACAUAUGAAGAAGUUAAAGUACUACAUGGAGUGAGCGGCGUGGUGUCGUCGGGCAAUUUAGUAGCUCUUAUGGGUUCAAGUGGUGCCGGCAAGACAACUUUACUAGCCGCUAUCAGUCGUCGAGAUAAGAGCGCUAUAUCAGGAUACCUGAUGUUGAACGGGCGGCUUGCUGGCGCCGAACUGAUCGCUCGCAUCUCGGGAUUCGUCCCACAAGAGGACUUGUCUAUAGAUGAUCUGACCGUCGCCGAACAUAUGGAGUUCAUGGCUCGUCUCAUGAUGGACAAGCGUGCCACAGCAUCCGCACGAUCGAGACGAAUCCAGCAGUUACUGGGAGACUUGGGAGUGAUGAACUGUACUAGGACAAAAUUGAAGUCGCUAUCGGGGGGAGAGAGAAAACGUGUUGCAUUGGCUGUUCAACUUCUCAACGACCCGCCUAUAUUGUUCUGCGAUGAGCCUACAACGGGUCUGGACAGUUCGGCAGCAAGUGCUGUAGUUUCACGUCUCAGGAGGCUAGCGAUUGGAGGGAAGCUGGUGAUAUGCUCCGUGCACCAGCCAGCGUCAGGUGUCUUCGAGCUGUUCCAUCAAGUUGUGCUCUUGGCAAAUGGCCGAACAGCCUUCCAUGGAACUAUCGAGCAAGCAGAUCGAUUCUUCGCGUCUAUGAACUACAAAUGCCCUGUGGAUUUCAACGCUGCUGAAUAUUACGUUACCUUACUCGGUAUCGAAAUUGACAAGGAGAUGGAAAGUCGGGAGAGAAUAAGACGCAUAUGCAACGAGUAUCAAAGGUCGAGCUACGCAGCAGCUAUUGAGAGCCGAGUGGGAGAUGUGAAGGACGAAACUGAAUAUUUUAAUGGAACCCUUGACGAAAAGAAUGUAUACUUCGAGCGGUACCUAACUCUAGUCAAAGUGAAUUAUUUCGUCCAGUUUUAUUGGUUAAUGUGGAGAAAUAUACUUUCAAUAAAGCACAAUAAAUCGAUAUGGAUAGCAGAAUUUCUACUUCUCAUGUUUGUUGGUCUCAUCAUCUCCAUUCCAUACAUGGGUCACUUCAAAGAACUGGAUCAGCGCGAUAUACAGAACGCUGAAGGUCUUUUCUAUCUGAUAAUAACGGAGACAAUAUUUCUGUUCAUCUAUGCGGUUUUCUUCACCUUCCCAAGCGAAGUGCCGAUAUUGCUCAGAGAAACAGCCAGUGGAUUGUACUCACCGUUACCGUAUUAUCUCUCGAAGGCCAUAUUUUGGAUACCAAGGGCAGUGAUCGAACCGAUACUGUUCGUUUCGCUCGUCUUCUCGGUCGCCGGACUUCAGGGAGGCUUCAUGAACUGGCUCGGAAUCUGCUUCGUUUGUAUCCUCUGCGCUAACUACGCGAAUGCUUACGGUUCGUUUUUGUCGUCCGUAUUCGACAAAAUGGAGACCGCGGCACUCGUAUCCGUACCUUUCGAGCUUAUCGGAACUAUGUUUUCCGGUAUAUACCUAAAUCUUGGAAGUGCCUCACCUUACGUGUCAUGGCUCAAAUACGUAUCGGGUUUCUACUACGGUGUGGAGUCUAUAUCGAUCAUUCAAUGGGACUCCAUAGAGUCUAUCACCUGCGUUGACAUUAAAGGUAUGCCUUGCAUUAAGACCGGUCCAGAUGUUUUGAGGAGAUUUGGUUACGCGGAAGAACAUUUCUGGAGGAACUGCAUAUGUUUAUUGGUCAUGUACUGUGUGGCGCAUUUGGUUGCAUUCAUUAUGGUUAUAAAGAGGAGUCGAGGGACGCCAGUUUAUUAGAUCUGUUACAACUUUAGAUUAAAUUGAUGGUGUUAAUUGUUAUGUCUCUUGAGUGUUUUUGAAAGUACGUGCUAGCGCUGCGUUGUAACACAACUCGAAAAAAUAAACUUAAAAUCGGCUAUUUCAACCUCAUUGUAAAUUAUUCAUGAAAUUACACCCUUCAAUUUAUGUAUAUAAUGUACCGUAGAUCAUGAUUGACGUUUUACUAAGAAUGUUACUCAAACUACUCGCAGUUACAUUUAUCUUUAGCAUUUGUAAUAAGUUGUUUUGAUUUAAUAUUAAGAAUGAUG